CCCGCCCGUGCCGGCCGCAGCGCCCCGCACGGGCUGCAUCUCCCUCCGCCCGCCAUGGCGGCGGCACCGGCCGGGCCGGCACAGCUGGUGCGCAGCGGGCAGAAGGACGAGCUGUACCGGAGCGGGCUGCGGAGCGGGGCCGGCACCGCGCUGCACGGGCUGGCGGGUGCCAAGAGGUGGCUGGAAUGGAGGAGAGAGGUUGAACUGCUGUCGGAUGUCGCCUACUUCACCCUUACCACUUUGGCAGGUUAUCAGACCCUGGGUGAGGAGUACGUUAACAUUGUUCAAGUUGACUCAAGCAAGAAAAGGGUACCUUCACUUCUUCGACGGGCCCUGUUCAUUUCUCUCCAUACUGUGCUACCCUACUGCUUAGAAAAGGGAUUGCUGCAUCUGGAGCACGAGCUGCAGGCAGGAGCUGAGGAGUCCAGAACCUCACAGAGCAACCCAGCACUUGGCUUAUCCUGUAGGACCUUAGUACGGAACUGGAUACAGAAACAAGUUGGGGAGCUGACAGAACAGCAGAAGAAGAGAGCCUUACAAACUGUGUAUGUUCUUAAGCAAUGCAUACCUUUGCUUCAUCGACUACAUCUGGCAGUAUUCUACAUCAGUGGCACUUUUUAUCACCUGUCUAAAAGAAUUGCAGGAAUCAAGUAUCUGCAUUUUGGAGGACUGCAAAGAGAAGAUAAGAGCAUUCGAUCAAGUUACAAGAUUCUUGGAAUAAUUUCACUCUUCCAUCUUCUUCUAACAAUUGGUGUUCAGAUGUACAGCUUCAAACAGAAGCAGAGAGCAAGGCAGGAAUGGAAACUACACCGCAACCUUGCUCACCAAAGAGAUACGACCAAAGAAAAAGCUACGGGGCGCCUCUCCCGCUGCACUUUGUGUUUGGAAGAACGGAGACACACAACAGCCACCCCCUGUGGCCACCUCUUCUGCUGGGAAUGCAUCACCGAGUGGUGUAACACCAGAACAGAAUGCCCACUGUGCAGAGAGAAGUUUCAUCCUCAGAAGCUGAUCUACCUACGUCACUAUCAACUGUGAAGGAAAAAUCUCUUCUGUUUCACAAGGGCCUCAGCUCUCAUACCCAUUAUAAAGUUGUCAUACAGUUUAAGUUAGUCCAAGAAAAAGACUUUUAUUAUAAAACUGGUAACUGCCAGUGCAAGGUGGCACUUCAUUCAUGUUUUACAGGAUAAAUCUAUAUCUGCCUCUCCUCUUCUGUUUCUUCUAACAUGGUUCUUGACCAUAUAAACACCAUAGUUGUCUCCCUGAUUUGCCUGUAUUAUUCAGAAAUUCCAGCAAACCUGGAAAGCCAGGGCUUUCAGAUUUGAGACAACAAACUGUCAGCAUCCAUGCCUGGUUCUUUUAUAAGGCCCUUUCUGGAUACCUUGUUUCCAUAUUUUUCUGUUUUGACAUUACUGGUUUCCACAAUGCCAAUAAAACAAACACAUGCAAACAAACAAAAACAAGGGGUCAAUGUGAACUAAAACUACCUGUCAUUCUCCCAGGAUUACUGAAGGCUGAAUUCCAGAGCUCUAUAAUGACUUCAUCUGACAAAAUCAGAUUAAAGGGUUCCUACAAACAUUCUCCAAUUAGGUGUCUGUUGAAGUUGCCACUAUUCUCCAUUCAGAAUCUUCAAAGAGCUAGUCUUUUCCUACUUCCUGCAAAUGAGUGCUCCCUGAAGAGUUGAAAAAGGCAUUUCAUGAGUAACCAAAAUGAGAAACCAUUACUGAAAAGGAGCCAUAAAUACUGUUAGGCUUUAUAUAUGUAUAUAAAGAUAGAGAACAAGUCAAGGGGGACACUGUCUUUUAAUAAAUUUUGGAAUUAAAAAGUCACUUAAUAAAACUUCAGUUGUAUCACAUGAAAAA